AAGAGGCUGCAAAAUUUUUACAAAGAACAAGAAGUAACCAGCAUCAGCAUGUAAAUUACGAAAACUUAGAUACUGAUCUUGCUGAAUUUUUAAAAAAUUCAAUGUCUGAAAACAAAUAUCAAUUAUUUUGGAUUCCAUUCGAAGAACUAAGAAACAAACAAAGAAUUAUUGGGGAAGCCGUACUUUCUGCUAAUGAAAUAGAUCUAAUUAGUGUCUCAAAAUCCCCUGUAAAUCGUCCCGAAUUAAUUGAAAAACUUUUUGGGAAUUCUGCUGAAGAAAUAAAUGAAGAAUAUUUGGGUAAUUUAAUGCUUUAA